AUGGCACCAGUAACCUGGAACAGAGGAACAAAGAAGCAAGUCAGGCGGGCAACCAACGGGACCCAGCUAGCCAUGUCCGACGAGGCCAAGACGUCCCCUGGCACGAAGAACGAGCAGGAAGCUUCAUUGCCCAAGGUGGUUCGCGUGUUUCUCGUGUGUGCGACGUCUAUCAUGGCUAACCACGCGUGGCAAAACAGGGCCAUGGUGACCGACAAUCUUUACAACGACACCCAGUCGCCCACGGAGCAGACCAUGAUCUCCGUGUUUGUAUAUUUCGCCCUCAUGGGAGCCAUCUUCCUAGGCGGCGUCGUGGUGAGCAAAGUCACAGUAUUUGCUGCGCGCUUCGUGUGA